CUUGAUACUAUAAUUAUAAAGGCGCUUCCCUAGUGUUAACACCAAGGAUCCUCUCGUGGAGAGCUUUGCAAAAUAUUUUGCUAAGCCAACAAAGCAUGAUUGAUGAGCGCGGUUCUUGGACAGCAGCGCCAAUGCCGAGCCUCGCCGGACGACAUCUCUCCGGCUGCUCCUCACAGAACGCGAGCCUCGAUCCAGGCACUCGCGGCGCUGCUGCGGCAAUGCAGGGAUCUGCGCGAGGGCAUCGCGAUCCACGCGCGGUUGCGAGACUCUGGUCAGGAGUCGGGCACGCUGCUCGGGAAUCUCCUCUUGCAGAUGUAUGGCAGGUGCCGGAGCGCGCCGCUGGCCCGCGCUGCCUUUGAUCACAUCGCCGCCAAGAACGUUUACAGCUGGACGAUGAUGAUCUCGGCAUAUGCCCAGAAUGGGCAUCCUUGGGAGGCUCUCCAGAUCUUCCAUGGAAUGGAUCUGGAGGGGGUCUUGCCGGAUGAGUUCGUCUUCUCGGCGGUUCUUGGUGCGUGCUGCAAGGCGGGCGCUCUUGGACAGGGGCGAGCGAUUCACCAGCGCAUCUCUAGGCUGGGAUUACAUUGCGAUGUGGUGAUCCAGAACUCGCUAAUGAUCAUGUACGCGAAAUCUGGAAGUUUGGGCGAAGCUUGUCAGGUAUUUGAUUCCAUGGCCGUGAAAGAUGUAAUCUCGUGGAACUCAAUGCUAGCAGCAUUUGCCAAGAGAGGGCAUUAUGAAACUGGGCUUGAGCUCUUUGGGAAGAUCGACGUCGAGCCUGACCUCGCCACCUUUGUGAUUGUUUUGGGAUUGUGCUGUUCUCCUUUUGGCGAUAGUGGGUUUUUUCUUGUACAAGGCCGACUUAUACAUCAGCAAAUCGUUUCCCGGCAGCUCGAAUCCGACUUGGUUCUCCAAAACGCUCUGCUAAACAUGUAUGCGAAGAGAGGCAGCAUUACGGAAGCUAGAGAUGUUUUCAACAGGAUGAGCAGAAGAGAUCAUGUCAGCUGGAAUGCUAUGAUUGCAGCAAAUGCCCACACUGGUGAUUUUCUCGAAGCUUUUAAGCUCCUGAGGAGGAUGGAACUCGAUGGAGUCAAGCCUGAUGAUUUUACAUUUUCCACCAUUCUCCUCGCUUGUGCGAGCUCCUCUGGCAUCCGGUUUGGGAAGGAGAUUCUUUCGCGAGCGCUCCAGUGUGGUACAAGCGACCAAGUCGUGCAAACAGCGGCACUUAACAUGUAUGCGAAAGGUGGCAGCCUUGAAGAAGCUAGAGCUUUGUUUGAGGAGAUGGAGCACCGGGAUACAGUGUCUUGGAGUGCCAUGAUUUCGGCCCAUGCCCAGUUUGGGCAUAGCCGGGAAGCUCUCCAGCUCUACAGGAAUAUGUGCCUUGAGGGAGCCCAGCCGGAUAGCUUCACUUUCUCGAGCGUUAUCGAGGCAUGCUCGGAGCUGCGAGACUUGGAGAGUGGCAAGUCUAUCCACGCUCGAGUUGCUUCCACUGGGAUGGUCGAGCGUGAUCUCGUCGUUGGGACAUCUCUGGUGGAUCUCUACGCCAAGUGUGGGGAGCUCGAGCCUGCUAAAUCCAUCUUCGAUGCAAUGCAAAGGAGGAACACGGUUACAUGGAACGCGAUGCUCGCCGGGUAUGCCCAACACGGGUAUAACACACAAGCGCUCGAGCUGUACGAGCUUCUUCUUUCGAAAGGCACUGAAAAGCCGGAUAGCUACACUUACGCUACUAUUCUAAGCGUUUGUGCCAACAUGGUUUCAGUGAAAGAUGGCAGGGAGAUCCACGCCCAGCUCGCUGACCAAGAUUUCGUGGUGGCCACCGCGCUCAUGGACAUGUAUGCCAAGUGCGGGAGCUUCAACGAGGCAGCAGCGGUGUUUUGGAAGCUCAAGCACAAGGAUUCAAUCUCCUGGAAUGCGAUGCUUGCGACUUAUGCUCAUUUCGGUCAGACCAACGAGGCGAUCCAUCACUUGCGGCUCAUUUUCCUGGAAGGCAUAGCUCCUAACGAGCUCAGCUUCAACACCAUCCUUCACGCAUGCAGCCACAGAGGGCUGCUCAAGCCUGGCUACGAGUUCUUCAUGUCGAUGAGCGGCGACCAUGGGAUCUUUCCAAACGCGGACAACUUUCAUUGCAUGACGGAUUUGUUGGCUCGCUCAGGGCAACUGGGAGAGGCUGAGGAUCUCAUCAAAGCUAUGCCUUUUGAGCCGCAAGCUCUUGCUUGGACGACGCUACUCUCGGCUUGUAGCCAGCAAAGUGAUGCGAAAGGAGCUGAUGAUCGAGCUGCUGGACAGAUUAUUGAUAUGCGACACCAUGACGCGCACUGCUAUGAAUCAGCUCCUUACAUUCUACUCUCCUCCACAAAGCUUUCGACUGUAGGAGAGACUACGUCUCAAGAAAUAAUCAGUAGCAAAGCUAAAAAGGAAUAAAGUGGUGCCAGCACCUUGUCUGUAACAUACGCCCUGGCUAGCUUCUUGGAGGUGACGGCGUAAGUCUCUUCAUCCUCGAGUGUUAUGUGAUCUCUCACCAUCUGAGAGCCACAACACUGGAUCGCACUCUUAAGCUUGCCAUGGUGCAUGCCUGUCUUGGAUCCCCACUCUCGUCUACCUCUGCUUUUUGAUGCUUGAACACCCGAUUGUUGAGCGUGUCCGGAGACCAAGUCGGGAUGAAAAGCUUAAUCACAUAAUCUCCCUUCAUGAAAAAGUGACCGUGAUUCUGCAGGUACGAUCUUGCAAGGCCUUCAUCGAUCUCCCAGUCCGCCAGGUACCACACCGUGCCUUCCUCUUUGGCCUUCUUGCCGUUCUUAGAACCUGUUGGAUUCUCUGAACUUGAGAAGGCUUCUUCGGGAGGAGCUCCCACAGGAGCACGAAGACAAAGCCGACUUGCCAAUCCCCAGCGCAACCACGGAAGCUACCUCUGACGUCUGUGCGUAGCAACUCCUCACCUACACCAGCGGCUCGUGCCUUCUUGAGUAUCGCAGACACUGCAGAAACUUAUGCCUGGACUUGUCGAGUAGCGGCGUCUUUGAGAAGGCUCCCAGCUGCCCAUAGCGGUGUCAGCAAUCACUCGCUCUCGUUGCAGACUUUGCGACCAAGCCAGAAUAGCCAACAUUAAAAUUUUGUUAAUUAAGCUACAAGUCUGAAACAACAACUAGAAGAAUGUGCCCCUUUAUGUGAAAAUUUAGAUGCAUGUAAAGGGCU